AUGAGUAGUAAGAACGAUAUAGAUGUUAUUAACGAUACCGUUGUCAACAACGAUAGUGUUGAAACCGAUUUCGAACCAGAAAUCCCAGAACAAAGAUCUAUUUUUAAGUUCAUCAAUAGACCUUGGGUUCAAGUUUGGUUAAUUUCCUUUGUAGCUUUCUGUUGUCCUGGUAUGUAUAAUGCUUUAUCAGGUAUGGGAGGUUCAGGUCAAGUUGAUCCAACUAUUGCUGCUAAUGCCAGUGUUGCUUUAUUAUCUACUGGGGCUGCUACCGGUGUUUUCAUCUGUGGUCCUUUAGUCACUUUAAUCGGUCCAAAAUGGAGUUUAGCUCUUGGUUCUUGGGCUUAUGCUCUUUACAGUGGUGGUUUACUUAACUAUAACCACAGACAAAAUGGUGCUUUUGUUAUUGCUUCCGGUGCUAUCUUAGGUUUCUGUGCUAAUCUUUUAUGGCUUCCUCAAGGUAUGAUUAUGACUUCUUAUGUUAAAGAAGAAGCUAGAGGUAGAGCUAUUGCUUUAUUCUGGGUCGUUUUCAACCUUGGUGGUGGUAUUGGUGCUUUAGCUACUUUCGGUCUUAACUAUAAUAGUACUAGUGGUACUGUUAAUGAUUCCACUUAUAUUGCUUAUAUGGUUAUUAUGCUUGUUGGUUGGGUCGUUGGUGGUUUAUUCAUUUGUAAUCCUUCUCAAUUAAGUUCUAAGUUCCAUGGUGAAAGAGUCAGUAAAAUCAAUCAACAACAUAAAGAAUUUUUAUCUUUCAGUAAACUUAAAGAUACUGCUGUUUUCACUAUCAAAACUUUAAUGAACUGGAGAUUACUUUGUAUCUUACCAAUGUUCUUCAAUGCCAAUGUCUUCUAUGCUUAUCAACAAAAUUACGUUAAUGCCCUUACUUUCAAUAUCAGAACCAGAGCUUUAAACUCUUCCUUAUAUUGGAUUGCUCAAAUGUUAGGUGGUUUCCUUAUUGGUAUGAUUCUUGAUCUUAAAUAUUUCAAGAGAAAUGUCAGAGUUGUCGUUGGUUGGGGUAUCUUAUUCGUCACCGCCAUGGUUAUCUGGGGAGGUGGUUAUAAAUUCCAAGUCUGGAGUGAUGCUAGAAUCGCUUUAGGUUUAAAACAAGAUAUUGAUUUCAAAGGUGAUAACUAUAUCGGACCAAUGUUCUUAUACUUCUUCUAUGGUAUGUAUGAUGCUUUAUUCCAAAGUUACUGUUAUUGGAUGAUUGGUGUUUUUGCUAAAACUCCUUCAGAAUCAGCUAUUCUCGUCGGUACUUAUAAAACCCUUCAAUGUGUUGGUGGUGCUAUGGCUUGGAAAGUCAAUGCCAUUAAAACUCCAGCCAUGACUCAAUUCGCUAUGAAUUGGGGUUUAACUUGUGGUACUUUAGUCGUUGCUUUACCUUGUGUUAUUAGUUUCUUUAGAGAAGAACAAAAGCAAGUAUCCCUUAAGGAUGAAAGCGAAGAAAAAAGUGAUUUAUAA